GACGUCACAACGGCUCGUCCGAAGACGCACGUCCUCUGCUGUUACAUUGUUGACGUUUUUAGUUUUGAGAUUUCGUUGACUUCAAACCCUCAGAUAUUUUCGUGAACAGGUCGCUCCUCGAGCAAAACAUCUGCAAACAUGAAAUGGAUGUUUAAAGAGGACCAUUCUCUGGAGCACAGGUGUGUGGAGUCGGCCAAAAUCCGCAACAAGUACCCAGACAGAGUUCCUGUGAUUGUAGAGAAAGUUUCUGGUUCACAGAUUGUGGACAUUGACAAGCGAAAGUAUCUGGUCCCAUCUGACAUCACAGUGGCCCAGUUCAUGUGGAUCAUCAGAAAGCGGAUCCAGCUGCCUUCUGAAAAAGCCAUAUUCCUUUUUGUCGACAAAACUGUCCCUCAGUCCAGUCUGACUAUGGGGCAGCUCUACGAAAAAGAAAAAGACGAGGACGGCUUUUUGUACGUGGCCUACAGUGGAGAAAACACGUUUGGAUAUUAGGAUCCCUGCAUCAUCCCAUGCCGUGCAACACAUCACUCCCGUUUCUUUUGGACUGCGCGAGUGGGAACAGGAUCGACUCAUCUGUCAAUCAACCCCAUAGCAGAUGUGUUUGUACCUCACCCGUCACAUUGUGCUCUGAAACAAUAGAUCAACUGCAUUAGUGAUUUUUCUUCUUUUGGUGAAUGGUGUUAUUACAGACGCUUAAUAAUCUUGGCACUGAGAAUAUAUAGUAACUUUGAAUGUUUUAAUUUAUCUGUAUUUUUCCCCUGUAAAUUAUAUAUUUAAGAUAAUUGAAAGGUAAGGUAGCUGGAUGACCUAACCAAUAAAAACCAACACCAAAAAAUAAA